UCAACAAAGAUUCAAGAUGGCGGCGAAAGUUAUCGGAGAGAAGAAAGAGAUCAGUCUUUGGGAUCAAAUAUGUGCAGAAGUGGCAGCCACAAGACCCCCUUUUGAGCCUCCAGAAGAUGACGCAUCGUCAGUGAAGACUGAUGUGAUUCAGUACGAUGCCACCAAGCACAACCCCGUCUUCUACGGACGGAUGUUCACGAAAGUUCCCGCGGACAGCGACCCUUUCGAGUCGUUUGACCCGUCCACCUCUCACCCCGCGUGCGUUGGGUACUCCCUCGUGGACAAGCCUCCGCCACCGCCGAGCCCGCCCAGCACACCCCUGCCUGAUCCCAGGCUGUGCUCCCCACGAGAGUAUCUGGAACAUUACAUCUUCCCAGUCCUGCUGCCAGGCAUGGUGGAGAUGCUGAGAGAAGCUAAGACUCAGAGGUGCUUCGAGAGGAAGAGAACCAAGUUUAACGCCUGUGACUUCCUCACAGAGUGGCUGUACAAGAUGAAUCCUCAAUAUGCAGGGGACAGAGGUGACAUCACACUCCUUGAAAUUCCGUUUGUCAAAAGCUGGUUGGAGGAACAUCCCCGCCCCCCACUGCCCCUGUCCUUGCUGUUGUCAGAUGAAGAAGCUGCCACCAUUAUCCAGUCAUUCUUCAGGGGAUACCUGACAAGAAGAGACCCUGAAGUUCAGGAGCUGCGUCAGUGGCAGCGGGAACUGCGGGAGGAAGGUGAGGACAUCUCCAUCAAGGUCGAGGAGUUCUGGAGGAAACACGAGCCCUCGGAGGAAGGUCACGACCCCACGCAGAAGACCAGUCCGAAGGGAACGCACAAGACGUCGAGUUCAGGCAGUCCCAGAGGGUUUAAGAAACAGAGAGCAUCAUCUGGGAUAUCUGCUGUGACUUCAGAAGUGUCCAUCAGUAUAGAGCCCCCCUCCCCACAACCACCUCAGAGUCCUGAUGUGUAAGACUCACAAUAGGAGAACGAAGUUGUAAAUGAGAUGCAGCCAACUUUGAGAACUUCUAAAAAAAACAUGUACAUUUUUUACUAGAAUGGGAUUUCAAGUACUGUAAGUAGAAGUUUGGAAAGGGAUUAAACAAUAUUGUUGAUUUUUUCAAGCUUGAUUGCUAAAAAUGGAAUUUACAUCACAUAUGAAGAUUAUAGUUCAGGAAUAGGUAUUUAUCAUUGAUAUAACAUCCUUAGUAUUUAUAUACAAAAUGUGCGCUUACCAAUAUGGGGAAAUUUAUGUAGUUAGUGUACUGUAAUGUGACAUAUGUGUCAUAUACUGGGAACAUGUCUACAUUAUACAAGUCAUGUAUUGUAAAUUUUCAGUGGUGAAAAACAAUCUAAAACCUAAUAAUAAUAGAUUUCAAUGACUUGGGUUUCUAUGAUAUGAAAUUUUCAUAGUUUUGUUUUGCUUGUAUAUAGAGUUGUACAGCUGGAGUUGUCUGAUAAUUUUUGCAAAUGUCAUGAUGAUUUCUAAUGCAGUGAAUUAAAGGUAUGGAGACUACUUUGUGAAAUAA